AUGUUAUUCAGACAACUUCUACUAUGUACAUUGAUACAGUCACUAACAAAUGCUGAUAUAAUUGGAGUCAGUCCCGAAAACAAACAUUUAUAUGAACCAACAAUUGAUGAAAAUGGUAACAAAAUAUGGCAUUGUCUAAAUGAUUCUUCAAUAAUACUAAAUUAUGAUCAAAUAAAUGAUGAUUUAUGUGAUUGUCCAGAUGGAUCAGAUGAACCGGGAACAAACGCAUGCCCCAAACCUCCAUAUAAAUUUUAUUGCGCUAAUAACGGUCAUUUUCCAGGAUAUAUAGAUCAAUUUAAAUUAAAUGAUGGAGUUUGUGAUUAUGAUAUUUGUUGUGAUGGAUCAGAUGAAUAUAAAAUUGGAGGUUGUGAAAACAAGUGUGAAGAAAUUCAUCGUCAGUAUGAAGAAUAUAAAAAUGAACAAUUAAGUUUUAUCAAUAAAGCACUUGAAAAGAAACAAAAAAUAAUUGAAUUAGCUCAAAAUAGGAGAAAGAGAUUGAUUGAAAAUUUACAUAAAUUCGAGAGACAAAUACCUGAAAAAAGAAUGGAACUAAACAAAUUGAAAAUUCAAUUUGAAAAUUCAGAAUUAGAUCAGCAAGAUAUUUCUGUAUUUGAAGGUUUACGGGAUCAUUUUGAUGGAUUGGUUGAUAGAAUAAAUUCACAUAAGAGAGAUAUACUAAAACAAGAAUCAAAAGUUCAAGCUUUAGAAAAAAUUUUGGAAGUUUUGUCCAAAAAUUUUAAUCCCAAUUUUAAUGAUCCUGCUGUAAAAGAAUCAAUUCAUAAGUACCAAGAAUAUGUGUCAAACAAAGAAGAAGAUAUAUUAGAGGAUAUUCACGAAACAAACAAAUUAAUAAACAAUUUGAUAGAAAAAGCCAAAUCCAUACCACACAGCAGUACAGCAGAAGAUUCUGUCCAUCAUUCACCACCAACAAUAUUUAAUAUGAUACAUUAUUAUUUCCAAUUUUUUGCUAACACAUUUCUUAAAAAAUCGGUAAUUGAAUAUCAUUCGAAUUUGUCACAGAAUGAAUUAACUCACAAAAUAGAGAACCUAGAAAAAGAACUCGAACAAAUUGAGAAAAAAAUCUCAAUAGUCAAAUCAAACUUAAAUUUAAAUUAUGGACCAAAUGAUAUAUUAAGAGCUUAUGAUCAAGUAACAAUUUCAAAAAAUUUGGGUGGUUACAAUUAUAGAAUUAAUUUAUUAGAUGGUAUAAAUCAAGAUGAUGUUUUCAUUGGUAAAUUUAAAGAAUACAAGAAUGAUAAACUUUAUUAUAAUAAUGGUGAUCGUUGUUGGAAUGGUCCAAAACGUUCAGCAACUAUUGAAUUUAUAUGUGGUGAAGGUCCUGAAUUAGUGUCUGUUAGUGAACCAGAAAAAUGUCAUUAUCAUUUUAUAAUUCAAGGAGAGUCAUGGUGUAAUCCAAUAACUGAAGAAGAACUAAAAUCAAAUUUUAAAAUUGAUUAUCAUUUAUUAUGA